ACUUCAUCAUGGCCGAGUAUUGGAAGUCAACACCAAAAUACUGGUGCAAGUUCUGCUCCACCUAUGUAAAAGACACAAAGUUUGAACGCGCGCAGCACGAAGCGACUGGCCGCCACCAAGGCAACAUCCAGCGCAGUCUCAAAGGACUGCAUCGCGAGCAGGAAAAUGAGAAGCGUAAUCAAGCGCGCGCGCAGGCUGAAGUCGCGCGCCUGAAUGGUUUGGUAUCUUCUUCAUCGGCUCCCUCGGUCGCGACUGGUGUAGGCGGGAAACCCACGUUCGAGAAGCGACCGGAGAAGAAAGCGACGUUGGACGAUAGGAAAAGACAAUGGGAGGAGCUGGCGGCUAUGGGUAUUGCGAUACCUGCAGUCGCUCGUGGUGACCUGGCGAUGGCGGGAGAGUGGAAGACAGUAUCGGAGGAAGUGGUUGGAGAAGUGACCGAGGACGGUGAAUUUAAGGCGACAGCUCUAAAUAAGGGCGUACGGAAGAGACAGUUUGAUGAGGACGAAGAAGAGCAAAAGGCCGCUGGAGAGCUGAUCACUAAGAAAAAGGGCUGGGGAAACACUUUCAAGAACUUUCCAGGCAGCAAGGGAGGUGAUGACGAUAUUGAGAGUUUGUUUGGAAAGAAGGAGAAGCCAGCUGUGCAAACACAGACUGAGGUGAAGAAGGAGGAGCCAGAUGAUGGCGUGAAAGCAGAGGUUGAGGAUGAUGCUGACACGAAAACACUAAAGGACAUACCUACCGCAGAAGAGGCCGCAGCCAAAGCUGCUGAAGUGGUGGUCAAGAAGGAGGAGGGGGAUGCACCGGCAGCACCAGCUGUUGUCUUCAAGAAGAGGAAGAAGGCAAAAUGAAAGCCUUCACCAUCAACAUGUAGUGCAGACUGAUGGAUCAAAGUUGGGUCACCUACUAUAGCUGGUAUCAGCCCUGUACGUUGCGCGCUCAGUCCCUCCAAGAGCGGGUGACGAUCAUGAUAUAAGGGGCGUGCCCCACAGGGAUACAGACGCGAAGUACUGGCUUCUCGUAUGCUCGGGGAAAUGUGGGUGACGAGAGCAUAGAUAUGGUAAGAUGAUGAGGUUGGGCAGCGAGAGAAAGCGUCUGGGGGUGAUGUCGCUUGCUUGGCAUCAAGACAAGAAUGUACCACGGCCAAUAAGACGAUUGGAGAAGGAGAGUGUACAUAUCGCGCUCAGCCGAGGAGCGUGUACCUGUAAGACCUUGAGCUAGGCAUGGUAGUCAUGUUGUCACAUAGCUUGCACAAUGUCCAGCGCUAGUACAAAUAUGAUGACCUACUAUUG